AUGUUUCGGAAAUUGGCGAGAGUGCAACAUGGUUUGAUAAACUGGAAGCACCUGUCUUUGAUACACGAUUCUUCACAGAAGGCAUCACUAAGUAUUCAGGCUAGGAACAUACGCGAUAACGAGUACACACACAUCAUUGUUGGAGCAGGGUCUGCAGGAUGUGUACUGGCCAACCGUCUCUCUGCCCAAUCUAGCAACAAGGUGCUACUCCUCGAAGCUGGACCGAAAGACAAUUCGUGGAAGAUUCAAAUGCCAGCUGCUGUAGGGAUUCCCCUCCACGCCAAAGACCACAACUGGUAUUACCGCACAGUUCCACAGAGACACCUGAACAACAGGGAGAUAUACUGGCCAAGGGGUAAGGUACUAGGCGGCUCUUCAUCUAUCAAUGCAAUGGUAUACGUCAGAGGUAAUGCGGCUGAUUACGAUAGAUGGGAGAGAGAGGGAGCUAUUGGAUGGUCUUAUGCAGAUUGUCUACCAUACUUAAAGCGUGCCCAGUGCCAUGACCAAGGUGAAGAUGAGUACAGAGGGGCGGAUGGCCCCCUGCAUGUUUCUGCUGGUAAAUCAGAAAACCCUCUCUUUGCUGCGUUCGUUAAAGCAGGUGAACAAUGUGGAUACCCUUACACCUCUGAUGUAAACGGAUACCAGCAAGAAGGAUUUGGAUACCUCGACCUGACAGUUCACAAGGGCAGGCGAUGGAACACAUCGAAUGCAUACCUUGGACCAGAGGAUGUCCGAAAGAGGACAAACCUGAACGUUCAAUCACAGGCAUUAUGUGAUAGAGUUUUAUUCGAUGGGAUAAAGGCAGUAGGUAUAGAAUUCACCUGUGACAACGAAAAGAAGGUUGCAAGGGCAUCACACGAAGUGAUUUUGUCAGGAGGGGCAGUAAAUUCACCGCAGUUGCUGAUGUUGUCUGGUGUGGGAAAUGCAGAUGAGCUGAGAGAGCUAGGUAUCCCAGUAGUUGCUAACCUUCCCGGUGUAGGGCAGAACCUUCAAGAUCACGUACAGCUCUGUAUCAAAUAUAAAUGUACGAAGCCCGUCACACUUUAUACAGCAAAGUGGAAGAUGCCCUUUUAUAUGAUUCGAGUGGGCCUUGAAUGGUUUAUGUUAAAGACGGGGCCAUGUACCACGGUUCACCUAGAAGCAGGUGCUUUUGUAAGAAGCCGCCCAGGAGUAGAACAUCCCGAUAUCCAGAUGCAUUUCUUGCCAUUACUAUCUGAAGAUAACGAACCAAUGUUCGAACAUGGUCAUGGCUUUCAGAUCCAUGUCAAUACGCUGAGAGAGACAAGCCGUGGCUUCAUCAAGCUUUUCUCUCGUGACCCCGGCGAACAUCCCCUCAUCGAUCCAAACUACUUGGAAACUGAGGUUGAUCGUAGGGACUUGCGAGAGAGUAUCAAAAUCACGCGCGAGAUCAUUGCACAGAAGGCCUUUGAUGAAUACCGUGGAGAAGAAUUGUCACCUGGAUCAUCAGUCCAGACUGAUUCUGAGUUCGAUGCAUUUAUCUCCGCCAAAGCUGACACACUCUAUCAUCCAACAUCCACCUGUAAAAUGGGUUCUGAAGGUGAUGCAAUGGCCGUUGUUGACAACACUACCAGAGUCUUUGGGGUGGAGAAUCUAAGAGUGGUCGACGCUUCCGUCAUGCCUAGCAUUGUCAGCGGGAACACCAAUGCCCCAACAAUCAUGAUAGCUGAGAAGGCUGCUGACAUCAUCCUUGGUAACGAACCCCUUGAGAGAACUAACCCACCCAUCUGGAGUCCUGCAUCCGUAGAAACUCAAAGGGAUGGUUAAUGGUAAAUCAAUGUUAUACAUGCUAUGAGCUCUGAUAAGGGUC